GGGAGGGGAGGAGGGGGAGGGGGAGGGGCUGCGUCUCCUGGGCCCGCCUACCCCGGGCGCCAGCAGGCAUGGCAGCAGGCCGCGCCUCACCACCACCAGCAGCAGCAGCGGUCUCCCGCCUCCCCCGGCCCCUCUCCUGGCCCCUCUCCUGGCCCCGCCCCUGGCCCCGCUGCGCCGCUGUCCCGGUCUGCGGUGGUGGGUUUGCUGCCGGCGGUGGCUCAGCUGGAGGAGCGCAUGCGGGGGGCGCUCAAGAGGGCGGCGGCGGUCCAUGUCACCGAGCGGACGGUGCUGCUGGGCGCCUUCGGGGCGGAGAUGGGGCGGCGAUACGUGGAGCUGGGGCCGGCGGAUAAGGUGACCCCCGACCAGUUCGUGGCUGUGUGGCGGCGCCUGGGGGUGACCCUGUCUCGGGACCUGGCAGUCGCCUUCUUUGAGAAGUACGGCAGGGACGCGCGGGGGCUCAUGCCGGUGCUGAACUUCACGGAGGCUCUCGUGAUGGGCGGCUCGCGGCAGGACAUGGCGGGCGGGGCGGAGGGCGUGCAGCGGGGGGCCUACCUACCCGGCAAGCCAGCCACACACACCGGCAAGAUCCUCUACCCCGAGUGCAAGAAGGGCGAGCCCCCUUCUCCCCCUGUUGCUUCAUUCUUCAUUGCCCUUCCUCCCAGGGUGUGUGGCCCCCCAGCAACUGGGACCCCCGGCUGGCCGAGCGCUCCGCCCAGCUGCCCGCCGCGCGAUUGGAGCUGCAGUUCGUACACGGAUACGACGGCCACCUGGCUACCUCCCCCAACACCUUCUACACCGCGGGGGGGCAGGUGGUGUACUCGGUGGCUGCACUGGGGGUGGUGUACGACAAGGAAACACACACGCAGCGUUUCUUCUCGGGCCACGAUGACGACGUGCUGUGUCUUGCGCUGGCUCCCGACCGCACCACCGCCGCCACGGGGCAGCUGGGGCGGCAGCCGGGGGUGGCGGUGUGGGACACGGGGGAGGGAUGCAGGCGCCUGGCGUGGCUGCCGAUAGAUCGCGAGUACCGGGGCGUGCAGGCGCUCGCCUUCUCCCCCGACCCCACCUCCUCCGCCACCUCCCGCCUCGCCGCCGUCUCCUCCGACCCCUCCCACUGCCUCCACAUCUGGAGUUGGCGCUCCCGCACGCCCCUCUGUGCGCCGCGCAAGUCGCAGCCGGGGGCGCCGCCGGCGGUGUACGGAGUGGUGUGGAGCAAGUUCGAGCCGGACAGGCUUGUCACCUACGGCGCCAACCACAUCAAGUUCUGGCGGCUGCAGCCCGACCCACGCGGACCCGCGGGUCACUCCUCCCUCGCCCCCACCAGCGAGGCAGGGGUGUUUGCAAUCGGCAAAACACACACGGUCGUGUCCGCGUGCUUCCUGCCCUCAGGCAUCGUUCUGGCGGGCAACGAGGCGGGCUGCAUCUGCUCCUGGCGCGGCUGCCGGCUGGUGCGGGAGACGCAGGCGCACGCAGCGGGGCCGCCCGCCCGCCGCCCUGACGGCAAGCCCUGCCUGGGCGGGGUGCGCUGCCUCACGCUGAGCCGGGGGCCGGGGGGCGGGGACAGCGUGCUGCUGAGCGGCGGGGCGGACGGUGUGGUGCGGCUGUGGGACGUGUCGGGUGGGGACCUGGGGCCGCUGCUGCGGCAGUUCCCGCUGCUCAGACCCGACCAGCUGGGCACGCAGCCGCCCCCCGCCCUGAGGGGUCUGGACUGCGACCCGCGGAACCCGGACAUGUUCGUGGCAGGUGUGGCCAGCUGCGACAUCUGGGAGGUGGACGCCGACCCUCGCGUGCUGGUGUGGGGGCAGCAGGGUGACCUGUGCGGCCUGGCCACCAACCCCGCCUUCCCGCACGUGUUCGCAACCUGCAGCGACAGCGACAAGGUGGCGGUGUGGAGCGCGGCAACUCGCAAGCCGCUGCGUAUCGUGUCGCUGGGCGGCCUACGCGGCCGCUGCUGCGCCUUCUCCCCCUGCGGCCAGCAGCUGGCAGUGGGCACCGGCUGCGGGGGGCUGCAGGUGCUGGAGUUCCACCCGGCGGUGCGGCAGGUGUGGUGGGGCAAGCCCUUCAGCGGUGCCGUGUCGGAGAUCAAGUACUCGCCCUGCGGCACCUUCCUGGCGGCGGGCAGCCACGACCAGUCGAUAGAGGUGUUUGACGUGUCCCGCGGCUUCACGCGCGUGUGCCGCUGCGUGGGGCACUCCUCCGCGGUACGCCACCUCGACUGGGCGGCGGACAGCGGCGGCCUGCAGAGCGUGGACCAGGCGUACGAGCUCCUCUACUUCGACCCCCGCACCGGCAAGCAGCUCAAAACCAACCAGCGAGACACCCGCUGGAACGGCUGGUCCUGCCUGCUGGGCUUUCCGGUCAUGGGCAUUUGGUUCCCGGACUCGGACGGUACGGACAUCAAUGCCGUGCACGCAUCCCCCUCGGGCAAGUAUGUCCUCACGGCGGACGACAGGGGCCGAGUAAGGCUGCUCAACUUCCCUUGUGUCGUACAAUCGGCCCCGGCGCGGGAGUACGGCGGGCACUGCAGCCACGUGAUGAAUGUACGGUGGGGCGCGGAUGAGACGUAUGCGGUGAGUGUGGGCGGCAAGGACCGAGCCGUGUUCCAGUGGCGCCUGCUGCACCCGCCCGCACCCGCCGCCUCGCCGGGCCGCGCGGCGCUGCCCACUCCCUGGGCCCAGGUGGACGAGGAGGGGAUCAUGUGGGCCCCACCCAGGGGGGCGCAGCAGCAGGUGCAGGGAGGCGGGGGGCAGCAGGGAGCCUCACCCGGGG